AUGGAUCAGACCGGUCGGUUCGAUAGCUCUGACCCCGUUUUCGGAACGAGGAUUACCACAAGGCAAAAUCUAAACAAAUUUCUCUGCAAACUUUCUUUUUCCCAUUUUAUCGCCAUGGAAAUCGAUCCUGUUACCAACGGAAACGCCGACACCGUGAUGACGGAAUCCGCUCCCACGAUCACUCCGUCGCCUCCCGUCCCGUCGUCGAGGUUGAGUCAAUUGACGGAAUCGCUCAAGCUUGAGCACCAGCUCCUCCGUGUACCGUUCGAGCAUUACAAGAAGACGAUCCGUGCUAAUCACCGUUCUUUCGAGAAAGAUGUCUCCUCCGUUGUGUCCACCGUCGGAGAUUUGGCCGAUAACAACUGGUCCAAAGACGUCACCGUUUCGCGUCUUACUAGCCUUGUAUCUCGAUUGCAAGGCCUCAAACGAAAGCUGGAAGAAGGGAGCAAUGUGGAGAAUUUGCAGGCCCAGAGAUGCCGUGCUCGCAUCGAUCAUUUGGAUUCAGCAGAUGUGAAAAAUAUUACUGAAUGGAACAAUACGAAGCUGAAACGGAUCCUUGUGGACUACAUGCUCCGGAUGUCAUAUUUCGAGACUGCUUCAAAGCUUUCAGAAAGCAGCAACAUUCUGGUCUCUCUCUCUCUCCCUCUCUCUGUCUCGGUCUCUGUGUAUGUUCCUUUUUUUAUAGGCAGUGAAAAUGAUCUCUAUGAAAUGCUAAUAAUAAACGUCUCCUCGUUGCAGGACCUUGUCGACAUUGACAUAUUUCGAGAAGCUAAGAAGGUGGUUGACGCUCUUAAAAAUAGGGAGGUAGCUUCUGCACUGGCAUGGUGUGCUGAUAAUAAAACACGGUUGAAAAAGUCGAAGAGCAAAUUUGAGUUCCAGCUAAGGUUGCAAGAAUUCAUCGAGUUGGUACGAGCUGACACAGCUGACAGCUACAAACAAGCAAUUCUUUAUGCUCGAAAGCAUCUGGCGCCAUGGGGAGCAACCCAUAUGAGCGAGUUGCAGCGUGUUCUAGCCACUUUGGCUUUUAAAAGUACUACGGAAUGCACAAAAUAUAAGGUUUUGUUUGAACUACAGCAGUGGGAUGUUUUAGUUCAUCAGUUCAAACAAGAAUUUUGCAAGUUAUAUGGCAUGACUAUGGAGCCAUUAUUGAACAUCUACUUACAAGCAGGCUUGUCUGCACUGAAAACUCCAUAUGGUUUUGAAGAAGGUUGCACCAAAGAGGACCCGCUCUCACAAGAGAGCUUCCGGAAGCUAGCUUUGCCUUUACCCUACUCCAAGCAGCACCAUUCAAAGCUUGUUUGCUAUAUUUCGAAGGAGCUAAUGGACACGGAGAACCCACCACAAGUGUUGCCUAACGGCUACGUUUACAGCACCAAGGCUCUUAAGGAAAUGGCGGAAAAGAACGGAGGUGAAAUAACAUGUCCAAGGACAGGGUUUGUCUGCAACCACACGGACUUAGUUAAGGCAUAUAUAUCAUGA